AUGUUGAUCAACUCAAGCUACCAGGAUGUGGACAUUCCGUCCUCGAAGAACUCGGCGCGUCCCCACCAGAUGCGCAUCUUCGUGUUCUCGCCCAACGUCCCUGGGUAUCCCAAGGCCAAGUUUCCUGGUGUCGUCGUGUUCAGUGAGAUCUACCAAGUGACUGGCCCGGUUGAGCGCUUCGCGGGUCAGAUCGCUAGCCAUGGAUAUGUUGUAGCCUGCCCGUCAACGUACCACGAAUUCGAGGGCCCGGAGGCACUCCCCUACGACAAUGACGGUACUGACCGCGGCAACAAAUACAAGAUCGAAAAAGAGCUGGCUGCCUACGACGAGGAUGCUACUCUUGCCAUCGAUUUGUUGACCUCCUUGCCCAACUGCAAUGGCCGGAUCGCAUCUACCGGCAUGUGCCUCGGCGGUCAUUUGUCCUUCCGCGCCGCCUUCGACCCCCGCGUCCUCGCCAGCUUCUGCUGGUUCGCGACCGACAUCCACAGCGCGACGCUCGGUAAGGGCAAGAAGGACAACACCCUUGAGCGCGUGCGCAACAAGGAGGUCAAGGGCGAAGUCGUCUUGGUCUUCGGAAAGCAGGACACCCACGUCCCGCGCGAGGGCCGCGACCUCAUCCGCAAGACGCUCGAGGACUCCGACGUCACGGCAUCCUUCAUCGAGGUUCAGGCCCAGCACGCCUUCAUCCGCGACUCGGCGUCGAAGGGCCGCUGGGACGCGGCGCUCACGAAGGCGCUGUUCGGCGUGAUGAUGGAGGUCUUCGAGCGCACCGUCGGCAGGGACCUUGGGCCGAGGGAGGGCGAGAUCCCUGCUGCUGAGCACGUCUGCUAG